CAGUGAUCACUGACGUGUGGGACCCACACUGCCCUCUAACGUUACGUCAGAGGAAUUGCUUCCGAGAAAGAGAAGCAGUCGAAGCAACGAUCCGCCCUCCAAGCACUUCGCAGCCGAGUAAGCAAGGAACGGAAGCGAUGGAGAAGGCGAUCGACCGGCAGCGCGUCCUCCUCGCCCACCUCCUCCCCUCCUCUCCCCCUCUCCUCUCGGCGUCGGCGUGCGCGGCCGGGGACAGCGCCGCCUACCAGAGGAGCUCUUCCUUCGGAGACGAUGUCGUCGUCGUCGCUGCCUACCGGACGCCGAUAUGCAAGGCCAAGCGUGGAGGUUUCAAGGACACAUACCCGGAGGACCUCCUCACUGUUGUUCUCAAGGCUGUUCUGGACAACACUAGAAUCAAUCCAGGUGAAAUUGGUGACAUUGUAGUUGGGACGGUGUUAGGUCCAGGUUCGCAGCGUGCAAAUGAGUGCAGGAUGGCUGCUUUCUAUGCUGGAUUCCCUGAAACCGUUCCUGUUAGAACUGUCAACCGGCAAUGUUCAUCUGGGUUGCAGGCAGUAGCUGAUGUUGCUGCUGCUAUAAAGGCUGGUUUCUAUGACAUAGGGAUUGGUGCAGGUUUAGAAUCCAUGUCGAUAAGUUCCAUUGGUUGGGAAGGACAAGUAAACCCAAAAAUUAGUGCAUUCCAGAAAGCACAGGAUUGUCUUCUGCCCAUGGGAAUUACAUCUGAAAAUGUUGCUCAUCGAUAUGGUGUAACCAGGCAAGAGCAAGAUCAGGCUGCUGCUGAGUCUCAUAGGAGGGCUGCUGCUGCCACGGCUUCUGGAAAAUUCAAGGAUGAGAUUGUUCCAGUGCCUACAAAGCUUAUUGACCCCAAAACCGGAGAGGAAAAGAAAGUUGUGAUAUCAGUUGAUGAUGGAAUUAGGCCAGGGACCACAGCAUCUGGAUUGGCAAAGCUUAAACCAGUUUUUAAAAAGGAUGGGAGUACGACUGCAGGCAAUUCUAGUCAAGUGAGUGAUGGUGCUGGAGCUGUUCUCCUCAUGAAGAGAGCUGUAGCUAUGAAGAAAGGGCUUCCUAUUCUUGGUGUUUUCAGGAGCUUUGCUGCUGUUGGAGUGGAUCCAGCUGUCAUGGGCGUUGGUCCAGCAGUAGCAAUUCCAGCUGCAGUUAAGUCUGCUGGCCUUGAGAUUGAAGACAUUGAUCUCUUUGAACUAAACGAGGCCUUUGCCUCUCAAUUUGUCUACAGCUGCAACAAGCUGGGACUGGACCGUUCCAAAGUAAAUGUAAAUGGAGGCGCGAUUGCCCUUGGACAUCCUCUGGGUGCAACAGGUGCGCGGUGUGUGGCUACUCUUCUGAAUGAAAUGAAGCGCCGGGGCAGAGACUGCAGAUUUGGUGUCGUCACCAUGUGCAUCGGAUCUGGUAUGGGCGCAGCAGCUGUGUUUGAGCGGGGCGACCUGGUGGACGAGCUCUCCAACGUGCGGGACAUCCAGUCACACAAUUUUCUGUCUAGGGAUGCAAAGUAGAGCUGCAGAAUCAUUAUUAUCUUCAAGGAAAUCAGUAUACCGUCCUAAAGCAGUAAGCAUGCUACCUUACUAGCACGAAAACCAUAUUUUUCUUAGUAUACGAAUAAAAGGGCUUCUAUAGUAUCAUGUGACGUCAUCAGGCAUUGUAACCAGCUCCUCGAUGUUGUCAGCUUGUCUGUGUUGCUUUUGUUUCCGAAUGUGAACAGGCCAAGGAAUUGUUCCUUUGCCUUUGUGUACUUGAACCAAAAGGAUAAAGAUGGUAGCUUUGUUCA